GCUGAUGGUCGCCUCCAUCUUGUGCUCCCUCUCCUCGCUCUUGUGGGCGUUCGUUCUCCUGACCUUCGUCGUGUACCUCUUCUCGAUUUUCCUGAUGCAGAGCCUGGAGGUAUACGCAAACUCUAUCGGGAGGAAUCCUGGCGGUCAAUUGAUGCAGAUGUUCGGCACACUCUUGGACUCCAUGUACACCCUCUUCUGUGCAAUCUCAGCUGCAGUUGGCGGACUGACUGCAAUCUUUGUGGAGAGCGCCAAGCACAUUGCCGAGAUCGAUCGUGACAUCGUCAUUCAGGACCAAAUCACGCGGGAUAAAUCCACGAUGAACGAGGUCAGGCGUAUUUUCAACACUGCCGACAACGAUGGCAGUGGAAAGCUACGCCGGGAUGAGCUCGAGGCGGUGCUGAGGGAUGACAAAACGAUGAAACACCUGAGGGUGUUGGAGCUGGACAUCAAAGAGGUGGAAGGGCUCUUUCAGCUGCUGGACAUUGACGACCACAACGAGGUCGUCAUCGACGAGUUCGUCGUCCAGCUCAUGAGGCUCAAGGGUGGAGCAAAGGGACUCGACCUACAGACGGUUCUCUAUGAGAAUAAGCGCAUUUUCCUCCGGCUCUCGGCAAUGAUGAGGUUCAUGGAGAAACACAUGGGGAUGCUGGAGACGAGGCUCGACAUACAGUCGACCGAAGAGGCCACCAUGAAAGAAUUCCUGCUGGACGAGGAGGAUCCGAGGUGGCCGCUCAUGAUGUACUCGUUGGAGGACUCCGGCGAGCGGCGGCGUGGGCUGCGGAGAGAGGGCGUCGGCUUGUGGCGAGGCGCGCGCCAGACGGCGGCCGUCCUCCUCGCGAUGUCGCUGUGGAUGUUCGCGGGCGGCGUGGCGUGGUGGAGUGAGCUGAAGCUGGGGCCGACGGUCGGCGAUCAGUACCUCGGAGAUGCGGUGGACCACGAGCGAUGGCUGCUUCACCCGUGCUCUCGGAAGAAGGAUGUCUGGAUCAUCGCCACGCCCGACCUGGAUGAGCUCCCAGGGGCUGCUUCGACAGGAGUGGAUGAGGACAUCGUCGAGACGUACCCGCGGCCAGACAUUGGCUCGGAGCUCCUUUGGCUGGACAGGAAGCUCUAUCGGUCUCUAUCGUACCUUGGCCGCGAGGAGUUUGGGGACAUGAUCAAGUGUGGGUAUCGGGCGGCGGCUACCUAUGUACCUGGCUCUGAGGUGGCGCCUCCGGCGCCGGACGGCGCGCCCUUGCCGACGGACGAGGUGGUGCCCUCCAGCGAGCUGUUCCCGCACUGGCCUGCGUCAGCUCGCCAGAUGCGGAGCAGGCGGCCCUCGGGUGGCUCGUCGCAGGACGCGCCGGGCCUGGGUGCCGACGGCGCGGCCGCUCACAGGAAUGCGCAUCGGGCCUCCGACAUUCGCAUUCUUGGGGUGGACUACGACAGUCGGAGAGAGAGAUUCAAGGGCUGGCGCGGCGUGACCCGCGAUAUUACUCAGGAGACGUUCUCGCAUAAGCCUCUGGAGGGCCCUGGCCUCGCCCUGUUCCCCGCAAAGCUCCUCGACCUCCACGGCUGCGACCCUCGCCAGUGGCUCCUCAUGUGGUUUAGAGAGCGCAAGUUCGAUGGCUCGGAGCAUACUUACCAGGAGAUGAGAGCGCUGCAUGAUGCUCUGUACUUUGUGGGAGUGCACGAUCGAUUGAGCGUUGGAGCCCUCGCAUCGGACGGGGCUUUGUGCCGCUGCAUCCAGAUCAUCAUCGUUGUGCGCGCUAACUCUCAGAAGGUCACCUGGGAGCACGCCGCGCCGCGCAGGGGCACUGGGGCGCUCGAGGGCCCCGUCGGCCCGGCCCUCCAGUCGCGCGCGGCGCAGCUGGCCGAGGAUCGGGCUGACAUGGCUGCGGCUCUGGGCCAGGAUGGCGCUCGGGGGCUCCGCGGCGGCCCCGCUUCGGCGGCGGAGGCCGCCGACGCGGGCGACGCCGCGGCGGGCGCUGGAGGUCGCGGAACACGCGGGGUCACGGCGGCGGGGGGCGCGAGGGCGGCGGCCGAGGGCGGCGCGGAUCCGCGCCCGCUGCCGCCGAUCAUUGGCACCCCCGAGGGGGUGAUGGCCCGCGUGGAAGGCCUCGUCAAAGACUGGGGGCCCAUGCCUGAGGCCCUCUUUGGGCGGGAGGCCCUCCGAGACCUCCUGCGCGGCCGGCCCCUGUGCGAGCCGAAGACUGGCCCCUCGAACCUUGCGGCCUUCCACGCCGACCUGUCGCUGCUGGACGCCGAGGUCUCUCGAUAUUUGGAGGCCCAUCAUGAGCUGAUGCUGCGACCCGUGACUGACUUGGAGAGUAUCGAAUCCGAGGCGCGAGAGAUCACGCCGUACACCGAUAGGAAGCUGCUGUACAAUAAGAAGGCCUACCACGGCUUUGUCAGGCGGCUUUGGGAUCUUGGCAUGUUGGAUGCCACCCCCAGGCCCUUGGAGAGGAUUGGGGUCUUCUUCGUCUGGAAGAUUUACAAGACACGCCUCAGGCUGAUCAUCGACGCUCGGAGAAGCAACUGCUGGUUCCGUGCCCCUCCAGGCGUCCGUUUGUGUACUUCGGAGGCCUUCGCGAACGUCGAGGUUGGCGAUAGCGUCUUCGCGGGCCUGGAGAGGGUCAGGUUGUACCUCGGCAUGGCGGACGUGAAGGGCUGCAACCGCCGCAAGGUGCCCGCGCGGGCGCUGGGGCUGCGCGAGCUGGACGGAGUGCAGCUCAAGGCCACCGACGCAGCGUGGCCCAUCUCCGCCCCCAUGUGCACGGGGUUCGCUUGGUCGUUGUAUUUCGCCCAGAAGGCUGGCGAGCGGCUGGCGGCUGCGGCGCCCAGCUUGCACGGGUCGGCGCCGCUGCGCGACAGGUCGCCCCCCCUGUUGCUGGCCGAGGGCCGCCCCCGCCACUGCGCGUACGUGGACAACCUGGGCGCCUUCGUCCGGGACCGGGGCCUGGCCCAGAACGCGGUCCGCGAGUGGGAGGCGAGCUUCGCUGACCACGGGCUGGAGCUCCACGGCGGAGAGGUGGUGAGCAGGGGCAUCCGCGCCCUCGGCUGCCGGCUUGACGGCCAGCAGCUGCGGACCGCCACCACGCCCGAACCUUCCUCGGAUGCCGCCUCGUCCGACAGCGCCCCGGACUCGUGCUCUGUCUCGACCAGUGCCCCAGGAUGUGCCGAGGCCGAAGCGCCGGCGAGCCUGGAGGCACCCUUCAAGCGCCAGAGCUGGGGGCGCGGCUCUCGGGCCGACGACGCCGAGACGGUCUUCCUGGACGUGGGGCACUUGGGGGCGGCGCUGGGCAUCGAGAAGGAAGGCCUGGUUUGGCUGGGGGACAAGGCGGCGACGGCCAACGCGUGGCGCUACUACCCGAGCCACCUCCAGGACUACGCGACGUCCGCAGAGGGGCUCGGCCCAACGCUCGCGGGCGACGGUGACGGGGCGGUGUGGAAGGCGAUCGCCGCGGCCGUGCUCCUGGGCGCGGGGGCCUGCUCACGGCCCCACGAGCUGGCGAAGAUUCGGCCCGAGGACCUGUUCCCCCCCGUGCGGGAGAUAUCGAGGCACUGGUCUCCUAUCAUCUACCCGCGGGGCAGGGGCAUCUCCACCGAGAGGGGGGCGAUGGACAGCAGCGUGAUGCUGGGCAGCAAGUGGAAGCUGGAGCUGGCGUCGUUGUGGUCUUCGAUGGCGGGAGCUCCCAACGACGAGCCUGUCUGGACGUUCGCGCACCCAGCGCCGGUAGGGAAGUUCAAGGGGGCGCUCGGCCAGAUGGGCGCCCCAGCGGUGCCCUACUUGGCGCAGCGCAGCAGCCCCAGCAUCGGCAAGGACCUGCAAUCGAUCCCUCGCGACGAGGAGCAGCACCCUGUGAUCGCUGCGGAGAUGACAGAGGUGAAGGCCUGGCUCACCGAGUGGUCGCUGGGCCUCGAGUCCAGCCUGGCAGGCCACCAGGCCUCGCUGGAGGCGGCGCAGGAGCGCCUCGAGCGCCGCGAGGACCGCUUCGUCGACCAGCUGCGCGGCCUGCUGGGGGAGGCCGCCGCAGGGCGCGCGCCGAGGCUGCAGGCGGCGCCGGGCGCCGCGGCCCCCGAGGCCUGCGGGAGCGCGGCGUCCUCGUGGUGUUCCUCCAAGGUGGAGGCCCCGCCAGCGCCCGCCGCGGCCCGCGCCUCGACGGCCGUGCCGGCGGCGGGCGGCGCGGCGCCAGAGGGCAAGCCGCGCACGUGGUCAGAGGAGGGACGGGCCGCACAGGUGGAGCCCCAGUGCGGCGGCGGCGCCGAACGCCGGGGACGUGAAGUCCUUGGACGGCGGGUCCGUGACCGCCCUGGACGCCAGGUGGGACGACACGCUGAAGUGCACCGAGAACCAGCCGCCGAGGUCCCACGUGUGGGCCCUGCUGUCGGCCCAGGGGUGGCUGAAAGGCUCGCCAGACCACUCCUGGGCGGACCGGAAGUCGGGCGCUGA